AUGGGCGAUUCGAGGAACCAUACCUGUCCUGCACUUACCAGCUCUCCCUUGACGUAUGACUAUAGAAGCUCAUUACGAUCCGAAGAUAUACUCACGCAAACGGUAUGCCUGACGGUCAGUACGUGCUGUGUCGGGACGCGCCUGUAUUCCAAGAUCUCCAUCACGCAAGCUCCCGGAUGGGAGGAUUGUAUGUACUGCCCGUUCGCCGUUCGACAUGGAAAUGAUAUCCAUCAAUGGGAAGUGGCUGCUUCGGAUCUGAAAGUAUUCUCCAAACUCGCCAACGCAUCUCAGAUCCUCUACGGCCCUUUGAUCUACGUCACGAAACUAUCCAUCUUACUCCUCUACCUACGCCUCUUCGCGCCGUCCAAACGAAACACUCCUUUUUGGCUCGUCCAAAUGCUCAUCUGGAUGAAUUUCCUCUUUUACCUCGCAGAUACCAUUGUGAAAGUCUGCGAAUGCAGGCCUCGUUCCAAAAUCUGGGAUCAAGCAAUCCCUGGGCAAUGUAUCAGCAUCAACAUCCCGAUCUUAGUCACGUCCAUUGUGAACGUCGUUUCGGACUUCAUGAUGCUCUUGCUACCUAAUGUUUGUGUCUGGCGCUUGCAGAUGACCUGGAGGACGAAGAUGGGUCUCUCAGCUGUAUUUGCAGCAGGCAUUUUUGCCUGCAUCUGCAGGGUAAUGCGUCUUAUGGUCAGCGUCCACAACCGCACCACGCUAGACAGAACGCACGACUGGUUCCCGGAGUUUCUAUGGACCACCGCCGAAAUAACGUCAGGAAUUGUCGCUAGCUGCCUGCCCGCCUUGCCUAGCUUCUUUCGCCAUUCGUCUCAGAAGGCCAAGCCCUGGGUUUCGAAUAUCGGUACAGGUAGCAGUUCGACGCAGGUGAAGAACCUUGUUGCGGCGGCCACCGACCGGCGACUAGGACGUGCAAUGUGGGUUAGGCUGCGACUUUGGAGGUCUGGGCGUAAUGUUGGUGGCACGGAGUCUAUGGCGGACAGCUACUGGGAGAUGGGAGAGGUUGGGGCCUAUCAGGGGAUAUGCUAUACUAUAACGGAAGCCACCGCCAAGCGGAGCGUACCAGAUGGGAUUGAUGUAGCCGCGGAGGACCUGAGUAGGAGCGGGGAAGAGCAUAGGCCCAGAACAGGGAUCCUAAAGAUCGUAGAGGUGGAUGUUGAGACGGGGCCGGAGAGAGAGAGAUGAUGGGAUUAUGUCAGGCUGCUCUGAGGGUGA